AACAAAACAACAUUUUACCGAGAAAAUAGCUUUUAUAGCAGACCCAUUAUAGCAAUCAUUUCUGAGAAUUUAAGUGCUUACUAUUUUGGAAUUAGAGUAAAGUGUUUUUCCGUUUCAAUUUUCAAUUUAUUUGCCUGCGCGGCUAUAUGCCUUAAGUGUCAACUGUCAGCCAUAGUCAGCUGUACAACAUACCUACUGCUGUUAAUGUAUCUGAAUUUAAAAAACCACCCUACAACCAACAAAUGCCAAUAAUUUAUAGUACAAAUUACCCCAAAACUCGCAGGCCACAUCACCAAUUUAUCUUCGAACAGUACUCGUAGUUCCGUAGGUAUGAGCAGCAAUCAAAUCGAGCGCGAUUGCACCAUAUAUUGCAAAUCGACGGUACACGGCGACAUAAUAACCGAUUCCAUAACGAAACGGAGCGUGUCUGACGCGGAUUUGUGCUCGUUUCUGAAUUACACAUGCCAUCGAUGCGAAUCCGUGUUCGAUUCGACGGGCCGGACCGCCCUGCACGUAGCGGCGUCUUGCGGACGCCUGGAUUUAGUCAGAUGGCUCGUAAGCAACCGGCACGCUGACAUCAACAUCAAAGACAAGGAAUCCAGCUAUACGGCCUUGCACAGGAGCAUAUUCUACGGGAAAUUGGACGUGGCUGUCGAGCUGAUUCGAUUAGGUGCGAAUGUGAACGAUACGGAUUCGGAUUAUUUAACACCUUUAGAGCACGCCAUGAAGGACGGGUUGAACCCGCGAGGGAUAUUCGGGGAAUUGUACUGUUGGGGAUCGAACAAUAAUAAUUUAUUGGGGCCGCAACAGGCGAAGCAAAGCCCCGAUUUGUUGGAUGCUUUUCAUAAAGAAUAUCCCAACGAGCUCGUCGAACAGAUUUACAUUUCGCAGUUUCAUAGUUUGAUUGUAACACAAACAGGUAGAGCCUUAUCGUGCGGGCACGGUCAAGGCGGCCGUUUAGGUUUAGGCGAUGAACUAUCGGUGUUUUUACCCCAACCGAUCGCAUUUAAUCCUCAAUCCAAAGGAGAAACUGUAACGUGCAUCCAAGCUAGUAUAUCCAGGGACCACAGCAUCUUCUUAUGUACCGACGCAAACAUAUACACGUGCGGUUUGAACCAAUACCGAGUAUUAGGACACGUGCCGGCGCCCGAACAAUGCGCCACUCCCAAAGCCAUUAGGGCCAUCACGAAGGAGAUCCAGGGCGUGUGCGCCAGCGAGUAUCAUUCGGUAGCGUGGGGCCCGAACGCCAUUUACACGUGGGGCCUAAACGCCGGACAAUUGGGCGUCAAACACAACGACGUUCAAACGCCCUUCAUCGUCGGUCCCAAAAACAUCAGCGUAGAUAUGUUCAUUACUAACGGAAGCGAUUCCGUGCUCAACGAUGUGGCUAGUAGCACCGGAGCGAUAGCCGUGUGCACUAGCGAUGGGGAUAUUUACGUGUUGCACGAGUAUAUGUGUAAGAAAAUAGCAUCUAGGCAAUUAAAUGUAGUACAAAUUAGCGUGAUCGGGGGUACUUUAGACGUGUCUUUGUUGGAUAAAAAGACCAUCAAAGAAGUGAAUACUGAAUUGAAAAUUGCGGCUUUGACGAACACUGGGAAUGUUUCUUUGUGGCAAGGAUCUGAUCAGAAAUUAUGCAGGUGUAUUUAUUCGAUAAACAGAGCGAUAGUAAUGAAGCAAAUUUCGAUAAAUCUCAACGAGCUACUGUUGGUAUCGGAUAACGGUGAAGCAUUCAAAGGUUUCGCCAGGCCCAGAAAGAUAAAAUCUUCGGCUGUUGGAAAAAAACAGAAUCAAGAUAAAGAGCAAAAAACGAAGAAGAAAAGUCCCUUUCACGCGUUCUUGGACAAAAACGAUUGUAUCGUCGUGAAUUUGCAAAAAAUACCGAAAAUUCACAGGGCCUUGUCGAUCGCCAGCGAUUCCAAAGGGAAAGAUUAUUGCAUUAUACAAGCGCCACCAUAUAACAGUUACCAUUUUCCACACAUCGAACCAUCACAAAUGAGGCGAAAUUUCGAAACGUUACUACGAGAAGCCGACGAACACGAUGCGAUCCACGACGUCGUUUUCAAAGCGGAUGGAAAAAUAUUCCCCGCGCAUAAAUUCAUCGUCGCCAAAUCCAGCCCUUACUUAGAAAAACUCAUGGAAAAACAACAAACGAUUGUAAUAGAAGACGUCAAAUGGGAAAUAUUCCAACAAAUUUUACUGUACAUUUACACGGGCCGAUGCGAUCUAACCGACUGCGGCGAAUUGAAAAACGAAUCGCUGAGAAAUUUGUUCAACACGCCGGACAAUAAGGAACAAAUGGACGUGAUCGAAUACGGCGAGAAGCGCGAUAAAACGAAAACGAAACAGAAAAAUCCCGUUAGGGCUUUGCACGAACUGGCCAAACGGUUCGAGUGCGUCGCGUUACAGAAAAUCCUUGGCGAUUUGACGAUGGAUAAACACGUAAUUUACAACAAAAGCAAAAAUCCCGCCAAAACUUCGACGUAUCUAACGUUCGAUAGAAUGGAAUCGAGUCGAUUCUACGAUGUUACGGUUAAAUGUCGCGAUAAUAAGAGAUUGAAUGCGCAUAAAUGCGUCCUCGCCGCUAGAAUGGAGUAUUUCAAUACGAUGUUCAUGCGCUGGAAUGGGGAAAACACGACCGAAGUAUCGUUACCGUUUUCCAAAACUACAGUCGAAGCCCUAUUAGAGUACCUCUACACGGAUUCCCUUUCGAGACUCGACUCGUCGGAAAUCAACCACCUGUUCAACGUCCUCAUUUUAGCCGAUCAGCUUUUCGUAACGAGAUUGAAAGAACAAUGCGAACGACUACUCUCCGAUAUCCUCACCUUGAGAAACGUCGUGCAAAUCUUAUCAUUCGCGAACGUAUACAGCGCAGUCAAAUUAAAAUACUGCUGUUUGAAAUUCAUAGUAGAUAACGUACCGGCUCUGUUAGAAUGGAAGGCUCUGAACGAUCUAGACGAGGAUCUGCUCAAAGAAUUAUCGGAGUAUUAUUUCGAAGAGAACCAUCGGAUACAGUGCAGAGUCAUCACUCCUUACUCUACGGCCGUUAGCGAUGAUACUAUAGAGAAUUUAGCUCUAACUCACCCUGUAUGCAUGACUGAAGAUACUCCGGUAAAGCCGAUUGUGCAGAAAAAACGCCAUCGUGUGCACAGAUCGUCUGAUAAAAACGUCUCUAUAUCUGAUAACGAUGGUAGUUUCGAUAAUAUCAUCCAGUUUCCGGACGAGCCUUCGACGCCGGAAACGGCGAUAGCAAGAGAACGUAAAAUCGAUUCUACCGAUCGAUUGAAAUCGAUUCAACCGGGUAGAGAGUCGGACGUUCCCGAUCGAUUGAAAUCGAUUCAACCGGGUAGAGAGUCGGACGUUCCCGAUCGAUUGAAAUCGAUUCUAGCGGCUAGCGAGGCCAUUAGAAACGAACCGGACGGUGAUGAUUUCAAAUCGUUGAGCGCCUCUUUCGAGUUUCCCGAACUCGGCAGGUCGAGUUUUCCGUCGCACAAUCGAUUUUCGCCGCACAAAAGCGAGAGUAGGAUGAAAAUCGUGAAGAUGUCGCAGAAGCAACGGAAAAGGCAAUCGUCCGAGAGUAAGGCUGUCGAUACGGUUCUGAUGCCAGCAUCACCGAAAAAUCCAUGGAAAAUAAUACCAGAAACGGCCGGUCCGGUUCAAUCUCCAGAAUUUAAACACAUAAACAUAAACGAUAUAAUAUCAGAUGAAAGGAAGCAAAAGGAAAACUUGGUGAAAUUGACUACGAGAUCGCUCAUUUACACACAGAUCGAGGAUAGAGCGAUUGUUGAGUUACACAAAUUUUACAAUACCGAAAACGUUGAAGAAGAGCUAAUCGAAAUAGAAAGGGUGAAUAAUAUCGGGGCGACCGCUGUUCCUACUUGGAUACCGAAAUAGGCUCGUUUUUAAUUUGUUAACUAUAAGUGUUAUGAAAUGUGAUUUUGUUUUUAGUUGAAACGUGUAAUAAAUUUUAUUUUUUAAUCCGU